AGUUGCCAGAGCCACAAGAACAGAUCAAGCACGACAUAAAAGACGAACGAGAACCAAAACCGCACGGUCUUGGGAAUCUUUUCGACCAUGCGCUUGUUGACGAGUGGGACGGCGAUAAUGUGCCAAUAGACCCAAAUGCAAAGCUGGAAAACGACCCAGAACCGAACGAAACUCCUAUCUUGCAUCGUGUUGAACCCAUUAUUGUGGAACGCAAAACAUUGUCCUGGGCUAUCGGACCAAUUGUUCAAUCGCCAGAUCAAGAAGACGUUGAGGAGUACGACGACGCGGCCAGAUCGACGAGCAAGGUGAUACCUGGGAACAAGGACGCUUGGGCGAGAAAAUCGGCUAGGUUUUGCACCCAAGUUUCGAAUUCGGGGUUGAAGGGUCUCCUAAAGUUUUUGAGGUACCAGAGAAAGGUCGCGAUAAUCAUGUUGAUGGCUCCAUUGGAGGCAAAGGCGACCACAAUCUAG